AUGACUCCACCUGUUGCCACGACCACCGAAGUCUAUGCCAAGGACUUGGCCUUCUCAAAGGCAUUGCAUGGCGAACGAGUAAUCGAUUCUGAGAUAGGCUUAAUCAGGAAAAUUGCUUCAAAGGACCAUGAAGCACAUGAAGCGGUCGUCAAGUCAUAUACGAGUUAUUGGAAAACCGACGACCCACAGACUGAAACUGAGGAUGAGAGAAAUGCUAGGUCUUCAGAAGCUGCUACCUUAACCAAUACUUAUUAUAAUAUUGCUACUGACUUCUACGAGUAUGGCUGGGGAAAUUGCUUCCAUUUCUGUCGUUUCUACCCUGGUGAAACUUUCUAUCAAUCUAUUGCUCGUCAUGAACAUUAUCUUGCGAUGUAUUUGAAUGUUAGGCCAGGCAUGAAAGUGUUGGACAUUGGUUGUGGAGUCGGUGGACCGACUCGCGAGAUUAGUCGCUUCACUGGAGCUCACGUCACCGGUUUGAAUAACAAUGACUAUCAAAUUGCUCGGGCCAGGUAUUACGCGGCAAAUGCCGGUUUGGCGGGUAAAACAGAGUUUGUCAAGGGCAGUUUCCUGGAAAUUCCCUUUGAAGAGAACUCUUUCGACCGUGUCUACGCGAUUGAAGCCACCUGCCAUUCUCCAAAGUUGGAAAGUGUUUAUAAAGAGGCUUUUCGUGUUUUGAAGCCUGGAGGUCUUUUCGCGUUUUAUGAGUGGUGUACGACAGACAGAUAUGAUCCUACAAACCCCGAGCAUGCGAAAAUCAUUCGCGGCAUUGAGAUUGGAGACGGUAUAUCGCAAUUAUACUCAACACGUGAAGCCGUUCAAGCGCUCAAGAAUGCCGGUUUCGAACUUGAAUACGAAGAUGAUCUCGCCGAAAUUGACGAUGUUGUGCCUUGGUAUUAUCCUCUGACUGGGGACUUUAGAAGAUCGCAAUCUAUUUGGGAUUUCUUCACAUUCUUCCGUUUGACUGUAGUUGGCAAGAUGCUAACCAGAGCUUUGGUCGGUGGUCUUGAGAAAGUUGGUGCUGCACCAGCUGGUUCUGUAGAAGUUCAAAAAUUACUUGAACUUGCAGGAGAUAGUCUUGCUAAAGGUGGCGAGACAAAGAUCUUUACGCCAAUGUACUUGUUAGUGGGACGCAAACCUUUGAAGUCUUAG